AUGUCGACUGGAGUCGACAAUCAAAAAACGCCCAAUCAGUCGCUUGAUCAAAGUACAGCAGCUCGUCACCGCUCCUUUUCGCGGAGCACCGGAUCGUCUUCCCUGCUGUCAACCAAGCCCAGUCGGAUAUUCGACAAGCAGUCCUCCACAAUGGGGCAAAAUCAAAGGUCGCGUUUUAUUAAAACUGGUGCGAUUAUCGCCUUCGUUAUUAUGGCACUGCUUUGGCUGUCACCUUCCAGCUCAACCGUACCUAGUUUCACGCAAGAACAAGCGCCUUCUCCCUCCGGAGUUUCUACCAAAUGUACCAAACCUCAUGAUCCCUCCAAGCCUCUUAUUCAAUAUGCUCUCAUGAUUGAUGCCGGAAGUACCGGCUCUCGUAUUCAUGUCUACCGUUUUAACAACUGCGGUCCCACCCCCGAACUGGAAAAUGAAGUCUUUGAGCAGACCAAGAAGAUCGAGGGCAAGAGCUCGGGUCUCAGCGCCUACAAGGAAGAUGCCGAGGGCGCUGCCCACAGUCUGGAUCCUUUGAUGGAAGUUGCGCUGGCAAGUGUUCCCGACGAGUACAAGUCUUGCACCCCAAUUGAUGUCAAGGCCACCGCCGGUCUGCGUCUGUUGGGUCCAGAGAUGAGCAACAAGAUUUUGGAAGCCGUUCGUCACCGUCUGGAAACUGCUUAUCCCUUCCCUGUUGUUUCCAAGGAGAAGGGCGGUGUUCAGAUCAUGGACGGUAAGGAUGAGGGUGUCUAUGCCUGGAUCACAACCAACUACCUCCUGGGCAAGAUCGGUGGCCCCGACGAGAACCCCACUGCUGCUGUCUUCGAUCUGGGUGGUGGCUCAACUCAGGUCGUCUUUCAGCCUACCUUCCCCAAGAGUCCAUCUGGAGGAAUGCCCGACCAUCUGUCCGAGGGUGACCAUAAGUACGACCUCAAGUUCGGUGGCCGUGAGUUCGAGCUCUACCAGCACUCCCACCUGGGCUACGGUCUAAUGUCUGCUCGUGAAUCUAUGCACCGUGCUGUCUUGGAGGCUAUGCUGAAAAACAGCCCAGAUGAUCUGUCUUGGCUCAAGCGACCUAUCCCCAACCCCUGCAUUGGCCCCAACAUGAAGAAGGAGGGUGUUACUGUUAAGUUUGCGGGGGAUCCCUUGGCUCCCGAGGUUACUGUUACUAUGGUUGGUCCUGUCGACUCAUCUGCUGCUCCGCAGUGCCGCGCCCUUGCGGAGAAAAUCUUGAAGAAGGAUGCUGAGUGCAAGCUUGCUCCUUGCUCCUUCAACGGCGUCCACCAGCCGUCUCUCGAGAAGACUUUCGCCCGCGAGGACGUUUACAUCUUCUCCUACUUCUUUGAUCGCACCGAGCCCCUAGGUAUGCCGUCCUCUUUCACUUUGGAAGAGUUGCACGACCUCACAUCUACUGUCUGUGCUGGUGCGGAGAGCUGGAACGUCUUCCAGAGCGUUCCCAACGCGAUCAAGGAGUUGAAUGACCGCCCUGAAUGGUGCAUGGACCUCAACUUCAUGCUUGGUCUGCUGCAUACUGGAUACGAGAUGCCCAUGUCUCGUGAGGUUAAGAUCGCCAAGAAGAUCAAGAACAAUGAGCUGGGCUGGUGUCUUGGUGCUAGUUUGCCUCUACUCAGCCAGGAGUCUGGCUGGACGUGCCGCAUCAAGGAGGUCUCAUAG